AUGUUCAACAAGUCAUUAAUAAAGGUUUUUAUUUAUUAUAUUAUUCCAAUUAUUAUUUUUAUCUUUUAUUUUUGGAUUAUUAAUGGAAGUGAUAGUUGUAAUAAAAUUAGAUUUAAUUAUUACCCUUCUUUAAAAGACAAAAUACUUGACCCUCAGUAUUGGAUUGUAACCGUGUCAUUAAUAAUUGCUUGUUUGAUAUGUAUUGAAUAUGAUAAAUAUUUUUGUAUUUAUUUUACUUCAGUCAUUGAUUUAUUAAAUGCAUAUGUUUUUCAUCGUUGGAAUUAUUAUAUUAUUUGUAUGUUAAAAGUAUCUUUAAAUGAUACAAAUUGUACUGAAAUUGAAAAAAUAAAAUUUAAUGGUAUUAGUGGUCAUUAUUUCACUAUCAUUUAUUUCUUUGGAAUUUUUCUACAUUUAUUAUCUACUAUCCCUCAUUCAAAUACGUCAAUGUUUGUUUCGUUUGAACGACAUUUUCCAAUUUGUUAUUUUCCUUUAGUCCAUUACUUGUCAGGGUCUAAUAAAUUUAAUAAGUAUCAUAAAAGAUCUUCAACUCGUAUUAUUAUGUGUUCUAUUGGUCUUAUUCUUUAUAUCACUUUUUCCUAUUUAUGUAUGUAUAAUACUCUUAUUUAUGGUUUUCAUUCUCCUCGUCAAGUUCUUUAUGGAGUUAUUGCGUCAUUUAUUUCUCUUAUAACUUACUCUUUUUUCCUUCAAAUUCCUUUCAUUUAUCGAAGUGUUGUAAAUUUUAUUCUUUAUACAGGUUGUUAUGUUCUUCUUUGUUUGGUUACAAAACAACCAGCCACUAAUGAUACACUCAUUUUAUUCCCAUUAUGCUCAUUGAUUAUGACUCUUUUUUAUUCAUUUUGGACAAUACCAUCUAAUGAAUUUGAAGAUUAA